AUGAAGUUUGGUAUAUUAAUUUUUAUCGCAGUCUUGGGAUCAUGUCCCUACUACUCAGUCCACGGCGGCUGUUGUGGUGGUAAAUCUACCGAAACAACUGAUGGCACAGCUGUUACCCUUGACAUAAAGAAGACUAGCAGUACUAAUGCGUUUGAGUGUUCUGAGAAAAACGAUAUUAGGACUUACACUCCUAAAAAUAACAAGUUGUUCUCUAAGAUAGUGAAGGGUAACUCUGAAAUAUGGACUGCUCAUCCAAAUGAUCAAGCUGUCAAGGUGGUAAUCAAGGUUCAAAAUAAUAAUGAAAAACAUCUUGCCAUACUUCUGAACACUCUUAAAUUUGUACUUCUUGAAAAGGAUGGUAACAAUUUGAAGGACGUCACCAGUAAGAAACACGACGUAAGUAAACUCAAGUUCUUUGGUGACAAUGACAAGGAACUCACAACGUCGGAUUACAAAAUUGACCUUGUUAAACUAUCAUACACAGUAAUUUUCAACGAUAAUGUUAAAUGUAAAAAGAUCAUGUUGGGAGAUAAGGAUUUGUGGAAAAGUACAGAUUUUUCUAAUUUUGAAACCUUCAAGGAAUUGUUAUUAGGUCUUAUUUCAAACGAUUUUUUCUUACGCAAGAGUGAAAAAGAAUUUAAAAAAAUAGAAUUUAAGCACUCAACAACAACAACCACAACUCCUACUGGAACAGGUCAAACUACUACAACUCCUACAGGUCAAACCACAACUACUCCUACAGGUCAGACUGGUACUACUCCUGCUUCUGGAGGUCAGGGUGGAACUACUCAAGGUACUCCAACUCCAGCCACUCCUGCUGGUCAAACUGGUACUGGAACUAGAUCGACUCCUGCUACAACAACUCCUGCCUCUACUACUACUUAG